AUGCUUCGUUUCAAGAGUCAAACGACUUUCAAGCGUGGGUUGGCUACGAUUGCAGAUGCGGCUGCCAAUCCGAACCGUGUCCACGGAGGCUUGAAAGAUACCGACAGAAUCUUUCAGAACAUCUACGGCAAGUAUGGCCACGACUUGAAGUCUUCAAUGAAGAUGGGGGACUGGCACAAGACCAAGGAAAUUAUUCUCAAAGGCGACAAGUGGAUCAUCGACGAGAUGAAGAAGUCUGGAUUGAGAGGAAGAGGUGGAGCUGGUUUUCCGUCUGGACUUAAGUGGUCUUUCAUGAAUCCUCCAGGCUGGGAAAAGAACGUAGGACCCAGAUACUUAGUGGUGAACGCCGAUGAAGGUGAGCCAGGUACCUGUAAGGAUCGUGAGAUCAUCCGUAAGGACCCCCACAAGUUGGUAGAGGGCUGUUUGUUGGCAGGAAGAGGUAUGAAUGCUACUGCUGCUUAUAUCUAUAUCAGAGGAGAGUUCUACAACGAAGCUGUUAUAUUGCAAAAUGCCAUUAAUGAAGCCUACAAGGCCGGAUUUCUCGGUAAAAAUGCUUGUGGCUCCGGUUACGACUUUGACAUCUACAUCCAUCGUGGAAUGGGAGCCUAUGUUUGUGGUGAAGAAACUGCUUUGAUUGAAUCUAUUGAAGGUAAGGCAGGUAAACCUAGAUUGAAGCCUCCUUUCCCUGCUGGAGUCGGUUUGUUCGGCAGACCCACAACUGUAGCCAAUGUCGAGACGGUUUCCGUUGCCCCAACCAUCUUGAGAAGAGGCGGAGACUGGUUUGCUUCAUUUGGUAGAGAAAGAAACCAGGGUGUGAAAUUGUUCUGUAUUUCUGGACAUGUCAACGAACCAUGUACCGUUGAGGAAGAGAUGUCGAUUCCAUUGAAGGAACUCUUAGAAAAGCACUGUGGUGGUGUUAAAGGAGGCUGGGACAACUUAUUGGGUGUUAUCCCCGGUGGUUCUUCCGUGCCUAUCAUGACCAAGGAAACUUGUGACAACAUUUUAAUGGACUACGAUGCCCUCAGAGACGUUGGCUCUGGUUUGGGUACGGCUGCUGUCAUUGUCAUGAACAAGCAGACGGAUAUCAUUAGAGGUAUCCAGAGAUUCUCUCACUUCUACAAGCAUGAGUCGUGUGGUCAAUGUACGCCAUGCCGUGAAGGUACCACUUGGUUGCAGAGAAUGAUGGACAGAUUCCAAGAAGGUCAAGCUACCGAAAAAGAGAUCGACAUGAUCUUCGAGUUGACCAAAGAGAUCGAAGGCCAUACUAUCUGUGCCUUGGGUGAUGCUGCUGCCUGGCCCAUCCAGGGAUUGAUUAAGUCAUUCAGACCAGUCAUGGUAGACAGAAUCAACGAGUUCAAGAAGAAGAAUGAGACCAUUGGCUACGGUGGUUGGAUCGACGGAGGUAAGGUGAAAGAGGGUGUUGUAAUCGACAACCCAGUUCCACACUCCCAUUAA